CAGACUCAAUCUCAGUUUGGAGCGCGACAUUUAUAGUCAGCUUGGCUAUAUAAGUCCAUUCAGCAUCUACUCUUUAAGUAACUAUAUACUUGUUUCUUCAAAGGAGGUGAAGGAGGAGCAUCUCGCCAACUACCUGGCAACCUACCCGAGUGUACUGGACCUCCUCUAAAGACUGAAGAUUCCUGUUGAUAUCCUGACAUGAAGCUCAAUUUACUUGGUACCACCGUGAUUCUGCUUGUUGCCUUCUUGCCGCGCUACGAAUGUCGGGCUAUUGACAGCCCUGGCGGUGCACUGCGCGUCCUUGCUCCCCAAACCCAAAACUCCCAGCAGCAGCAGCAGCAGCAGUCUGGCCCCAUCCUGGAGCGGCUCGGAGAGGAGUACUUCGUCCGACUGGGCAACGGGGACUCUAACUCUUUCCCAUCCUCGUCCAUGUAUCCUGCCGAAUCGCCUGCCAUCUAUAACAGAGCGCUGCAACUCCAGCUGACGCGGCGUCUUUUACAAGGGAAAGUUGGGAACAUCAGGGCGCUCAUAGGCGGCUUCGAGGACCGCGGUGACGACUCGAUGGAGAGGGGCAGGAGGUCCGAAGACCCGCCGAUAUCCCUGGAUCUGACCUUCCACCUGCUGCGGGAGAUGAUGGAGAUGUCCCGGAAGGAGCAGAUGGCUCAGCAGGCGCAAAAUAACAGAAGAAUGAUGGAGCUCUUCGGGAAAUGAAGAGCUCCUUGCAGUCCGCCAAAGAUCUCAUCUCCCUUUCUUUUCUUUUUUUCUUUUUAUUUCUUCUUUUCUUGCGUUUUUGCCAUCAGCACAAAACAUGCUCUGUACAAAAUAGUGCUGCUGUAUCACUCUAUUAUUUAUAGCUUUAACCUCAAACUAUGGAGCAUAAACGGGCUUGACCCAUAAUGAUCUGAUUGUACCCUUCCAUUUUAAUGUUGGUGUCAAAUCUGUAGAAUCGCACCGGUCUCCAUAUCUGAGAUGAAACACUUCUGUUUGAGACAUGGAAUACUGCAUUGGCAAAAUUGGCAUUUUGUUUUAGAUUAUGGAUCACUGUAUUUAUGAUAUUUAUGUUUGUUAAUAAACUUAUGUGCAACCAGUCAUUUUCUGUUGUGCAAGAGAACGUCUUAUAUCUAUAUUUUUUAAUAAAAAAUUAAAAGCACUGCUUACACCUCUCUGUGCACAUCCUUACAAGUGAGUUAAUAGUAACUAAAAAAGAAAACAAACUAUUCCCACUUACUUAAAUCUCUAAUUUGACUCUCAUAUUGUUUAUUGAUACAUAAAUUUGUAAUCUUACAUUGAAGAAUAAAUGUUUACUGCAAAGCAAACGCUUGGUUGGAAAGAGCACAAAUGGCCACUGUAUCUUGAGACUUGCCUACACAGAUAUUGAUUGACAAAGGUUCUUUUUUCUGACUGAAUACAAAAAUCUUACAUGGUGUUACCAUGGCAUUGAUCUGCAGCCAAGUCGUGGGCUAACACCAUGCCUCCUCUCCAUCACACAGACACAAAAAGAGCUGAAAAAACAAAACAUUUAACCAAAGGAUGCUGUGAGAGAGCGCCCGCGGCCAUGCAGGUGAAGAGCACAGCAUCCUUUCUCCUAAACCCUUAAUCCUCAAGAGACAUUUCUCAUUAUGCCAGUAAGAGGCAACAACAGACAGCUCAAAGAUGCACCACUGAUAGCUAAUGAGUGUGAAAGAUGCGUGUGUGCGUGUGUGUGUGUGUGUGUGUGUGUGUGUGUGUGUGCGUGCGUGUGCUGUUUUGAUCCUUGACCCAUGGUGUCAGGGAAAACUAAACAAGAGUUAUAGAUGUGAGUCAUCCUAUUCUGUUUUGCCCACUUAGCAACUUGGGGCUUAGCGCUGCAUUGAGCCCAUUUGUAAAGGAUCCAACUCAGUGAGAGAUGGUGAACAAUAAUUAGAUGGGACUCCGUGGCAGACUUGCUGGGGAGUCACAGCAAGGUGGGACCAUCGCAAGGCAGCGAAUGGACAACUGAUGGCUGGAGGCUCACUGCAGCCUCCUAUGUACAGUAGGUUGUGGGCAGGGAUGGUAACAGGACCAUACAGUACACAGGGAUCUUAUAACUGUCUGAACCAGCUAUAAAAAGAGCACUAAUGCCUUUGCUCGCUGGAUUUCCUUCAUCAGAACUAAAUGGAAAAGAGUGUGAGAAAUAGAUAAAGGGAUGGAGAAAAAGAAGUCUUUUCCCUGUACACAUGAGCACAGAGAGGAUGGGAGUGGAAAUAAGAUGUAACUGAAGAUUGGAGCUCUACUUGUUUGUACAAUUUAGUUUUAAUGACACAUAAAAUAUAAUCGGAAAAUAUACCUGUGUUACACGACUAAUAAUACAGGCCGUUUUGUGUAUGUGAAAUACUGAAAUGUCACAGUGAUAGUUUUGUAUGCAGGAAACCCUAAUAAUUAAGUCAUAAAGUAUACGACAGGGAGGAAAACCUAAGGCCGCCUGGUUCUGGUUGCUGUCUAAUGAUGUAGUUUUAGCUGUGGGUCGGAAAAGGUCAGAUUCAUGAAAAUGAAACGUAUGAUCAUGUUUGAAUUCUGGACAUAACCAAACUUACUCCUGUCUGUCAUUGAGUAUGUCCAAAAUGAAAAGGAAGAAGCAAAACUUGUUUUAAAUAA